UUUUGGAUAAAAUAAUGUGCUAAUGACGUAUUAUAUUUGUAUUAUUAAAGAUUCCUUUUAUUCUCAUUACCCUCUAACUGAUGGAAAAUUUUGGUACUAUGAUAAAACGUAAAAUAUUCGCAAACUGUACAUAAAACGUUCUCACCUUAAUUAACUUUAAAUAAUAAUGUUAGCUGAGAUGGAACAACAAAAUGUUUUCUCGGCAAAGCAUUAUUAUAUUCUUUAUCGUUAUAGUAAGGUAUCGAAAUCCAUGAGAAUUCAAAUAUAGUAUAUAAUGAUUUUAUUUCAUCAAAAAAAGAAAGUGAUUAAAUUAUUCGUAAUAUCCUAUUUUGAUAUUUUCGUUUGCGUUAAUAAUUUAGAUUUUUUUUGGGCAUCGCGUCCGUCAUAUAUUACGUACAACAAGUUCUCUCAUUUUUUAUACCAAGGUAUUUUACGUUAAAAUAUCGUUUGCCCUUUCCAAUUUUUCUUUGAUGUCCGCUGGUAUUUCGAUAAUAUUUAAUCUUAUUGGAAGGACAUUUGAUACACUAUAUUAUAAAAUACCUUUUUUCUGAAAGACAAAGUAUAAAACAUGAAGAACCUAGAACAUUAUUGUUAUAUUUUUCUUUCUUUCUUUAGAAACAAGGAAAUAGACAUUUUAAGAGGUUUAAAAAAUAAAAUU